GACGAUGUAUCACGGUCACACUAAGAUUUUUCCUAUAAAUUUUUGAUAAAACGAAACGAAAUUAAUCGAAACAAAAAUGCAUAGUAUGCACAAUGAGUGUCUCGAAAUGAUAAAUCCGGUGCUACACGAUGAUAGUGGUCAAGUGCAGAGCAAUAACAAUUUGAAUUUAAAACGAAAAUAUCCGUAUGAUCAGACCGAUGAUCAGUGUCAUGAAAAGUCGGCAAAACGAAUGGUUAACUUACACGAAUGUCACGAUGCUAUCGACGGCAAUAAUGUGGAUCAAGAAUUAAUAAUUUACAACAAUGACAAAUACAUGGACCACAAUACCAAUCAUUUAAACAAUGAAGUUAAUGUGGAAUUUAUAAAUAUUAUGUUCGAUAAUAAUUUACUGCCGGUGCAACAGAAUACGGUCAUAUCGGAAGCGAAUUUUAUAAGUGAUGCCGGUUGGAAUAGUGUUGAUCUGUUGGAUUUAGAUCAGAGUAAUUAUUUUUAUGAAACAACAACCAAUGUCAUUGAAGAUAUUUCACAAAAACCAUUACACAAAACAGUGCCAAAUGUUCAGGAGGACUGCGAAGAUAAGAAUCUUUCAUGGCUGUUCAAUUAUAAACUCGACGAUCUGCCCCAUCUGUCGCCGGAAGUGAAUCGAUCUCGAACCGAAACUGGCUUAAAAGUUGAUGAAAUUAUCCAGGAAGCGACAUCGACUGAAGUUGACGAAUCGGAUAUGGUUGUUGCCGAAAAUGUUGUUAUUGAAAAUACUCAAAGGAUGCCAAAGAAACCGCCAUUUACAUACACCGAAUUGAUAGAAUAUGCACUGGAAGAUAAGGGAGAAUUAACAGUAUCUGGAAUAUAUCAAUGGAUAUCUGACCGAUUUCCAUACUACAAAUCGAAUGACGAUCGUUGGAAAAAUUCAGUUCGUCACAAUUUGUCAAUCAAUCCACAUUUUCGUAAAGGGAGCAAGGCAGCGCAGGGUGCUGGCCACUUAUGGACAAUUUCUACCAGAGACUCUGAGUCAAAUGUCUUGGCAUGGGAGCAUAAGAAGCAACGAUUUGAUUUGUUCUUUAAAAUGGAGAAAUCCUAUUCGUUGUCGGCGAACAGCCAGACACAGCCCCCACAACAAUCACAAUCACAAUCAGACUCAUCAAAUAAAUGCCUAAUGUAUGACGAGGCGACUAUUGCAGCAGCAAAUCUAUCACUCAUCAAUAAACAAUCUUCUCCGGAGCCAAAUAAAUCCUAUAAUCAGCAAAAGAAUCAACAACAAAACAGCUUCGACCAUCUGCACACCAAUAAUGCUGAUGAUUUGAAGCGGACAGCAGGCGAAAUUCUGAAUGGAGUAAGACGAACCGUUGAAGUUCAAGUUAUAAAUCCACCAUCGUGCCUAUUCCAAGAUAAUACAGUGCUUGACACAGAUUAUUUAAAUCCAGUACCAAAGGACCAGAUAGUGCGUGAAUGUGGAUUGCGUACCGUUCGGAAUGAGAAUGAUUUUUAUGUCACCGACAUCGAUCCCAUCGAAUUGGGUGUGCACAUGAAUUCGAACGGAGAUGAUGAAGUGUUGUUCGGCGAUGAGUUUAAUUUGAAUUAUUUUGGUGUUGUGUCGGGUAAUAAUAUAAUGGCUUGAUGGAAUCCAAUUAAGUUUUGAUGAUUUUUCGAAUCGAGUCAAUGAGUAGAUGUGGCGUGAAAUUAUUUUUCAAUUUUGUAAAUAUUCAACUUAUAAAAAUUGUGUGAAAUUUUGCUUGUGUAAUGCGAUUAUUCGAUUAUUGUUUUCUCUUUUGUCUUUGUACAUUAUUUUUGAGUAUGAUUCG